CAUGUGUUCGCCUCUGUCUCCCUCUCACUCCGGACAGACUCACAACCUCAGACAUGGUUCCGUGAACCGACACAUGGCAGCUAGCAGCCAUGAACCAAAAAACAACUCACCAAAAACUGACGGUGCCUGAAUAGCAGCCUUAUUUCGUUUCUUUCGACAUUAUUCCAACUCCUGCAACACCCACAGCUAGCAGCCGGCUGCCGGUCACUGUCAGGGGGGAGAGGCGCUCUGAAACCCCCUUCGGUUUUUUUCCUCCGAUAUUUCGCUUUUUUCCAGUCACUUUUAAGUUUCCGCCUCCUCUAACCGACGCUCAACAUGGGUGUUCAAGGUUUCCAAGAGUACAUUGAAAAGCACUGCCCCAGCGCUGUGGUGCCGGUGGAGCUCCAGAAGCUGGCCCGGGGGAGUAUGGUUGGAGGUGGCCGGCUGAGACCCCCUCAGACUCCGCUGAGACUGCUGGUGGACGCCGAGAAUUGCCUCCACCGGCUCUACGGAGGCUUCUACACCGACUGGGUCAGCGGGGGCCAGUGGAACCACAUGCUGGGCUACCUGGCCGCCCUCUCCAAGGCCUGCUUCAACGGCAACAUUGAGCUCCUGGUGUGCUUCAAUGGCGCCCUGGAGAAAGGCCGUCUUCACGAGUGGGUCAAGCGACAGGUGAACGAGAGGCAGACCGCCCAGCAGAUCAUCAGCCACGUCCAGAACAAGGGCACCCCGCCGCCCAAAGUCUGGUUCCUGCCUCCCGUGUGCAUGGCCCACUGCAUCCGACUGGCGCUCCUCAGGUUUCGCGUCGGGGUUGUCCAGAGCAUCGAGGACCACCACCUGGAAGUGAUAGCCUUGUGCAGGGAGAACGGCUUUCAUGGCCUGGUGGCCUACGACUCAGACUACGCCCUGUGCAACAUCCCAUACUACUUCAGCGCGCACGCCCUCAAACUGAGCCGCAACGGCAAAAGCCUCACCACCAGCCAGUACCUGAUGCACGAAGUGGCACGGCAGCUUGAUCUCAACCCAAAUCGUUUUGUCAUUUUUGCAUCACUUUUAGGAAAUCACAUACUGCCUGAUGAAGACUUGGCUGCCUUUCACUGGAGCUUACUUGGUCCAGAGCACCCAUUAGCAUCUUUGAAGGUAAAAACUUUAUUGAUCAUUUCUGUAUAAUCCCAUGAACUGCUAACCCAGUGUGAGUAUUGUUAGUGAAGGACAGUCUGAGUGGAACAGUGGUUCAGCACACACUGCUCUUGAAUAUUCAUGUGACUGCAUUGCUCCUGCAGUGCGCCUAAAUGAAUGAAUUUCUCAGAUAACCAUCAUUAUCAGUAGUGUCAACAGAAAGUACAAAAGCAUCUUUAAAGGACACACAAAGAUCUGUUUACUCUUGAUUCAUUUUGACAGCAAAUUUUCAUGUAGUUUCAGUCAUCGUCUUUUGUCUAUUUCCCUUCCGACCACAAGGACACCUUUACACUACAUGUCACGUUCACCCAUUCACACACUGAUGGCAGAGGCUGCCAUGCAAGCUGCCAACUGCUCAUCAGAAACUAGGGCUGCAUCAUUAUGGCUAAGGUUUUUAUGCACUUGCACCGUUAUUGUGUAUUGACACCUAGUUAAUACUACAGGUCCCAGAAUACUGGAGGAAGUAUUGUCCUUUUGAUAAACUAAUCAGACAGUAAUUGGCCUUUUUCCAUACUUUUUUUCGAGCAACUGUGAUCAGAUUUUAUGCCGCACACGGCAUGAGUCUGUGAGCAGUGACAGUGAGUAUGUUUGGUAACCUGGCAGCGAGGUUGGCGGUGUGCAGUGUGUCACCUGCAGCUCUUCCUCUAACAGCUCACUGUGGCUGCUCCUUCUUAUGUCGUUACUCCCUGACAUAGUUCAAACUGAUCCACUGGCAAAAAAUACACAACAUUAGCAGCCAGUGUCAAGCUAACUGACACUUUGCACUUCCUGUGACUAGCUUUCUUCAAAAUAAAAGUCAACUCAUGUUUUGCCAGUUAAAUGCUUUUAAUGUGAAGCUGCAUCAAUAGAAAAUGUUCUCUAUUCGUUAGCAGUAACUUAAUGCUGUUUUUUUUUUUCUGGGAAUAAAAGUGUCCAGGCUGCAGCUGCAGUGUGUGCAUGCAGCGACAGGACAGCUCCCCAAAAGUGAAACCAGAAUGUCUGAAUCACCCGUGGUGGCUGUCUGUUUAGAAAGCGCUUGAUUAGAUAUACCGGAGAGUUUUCUGUGCUCAUGCAUGUUUCAGUGAAAGGAAUGUCCUUGCUCAUAAACCUAUUGGUAGCUUUAGUGCGGUUUUAAAGCAGGAUUACAAAAAAACACUACUUGUUGGUUAUAAUUGAUGGCUAAAAAUCAUCUGACAAAAGUUGCAGUUGUAGUUGGACGACAAAUCAAUCUGGAAAUGUUCAUGCAUCUUCCUGGAAAAGGAGACUGAAUGUUAGUGCUGCUGUGUUGCCAAAGUUUUAAGGAGAGCACCAAGCAGGGCAUAGUAAUGUGGCCAAAUUUCCAUGCAUGGCCAGUGAAGUACAGCUUGCAGAACUGGAUAUUCAUAGAUUGGUGAAUGGUUGAGUCAAACAGUUGCAUGGCAGCAGUGGCAGACAGUUUUAGGAUACCAUGUGUAAAUGGUUCAGCUGUUAUUUUUUUAAAUGACUAGCUGUGAUUAAACAGAAAGCCUUCUGCUCACAUGUGCACCACCAUAUUGUCACAUUACAUUCCACUGAUGAAUGACACUCACAGGACACACUACUCGCAUGUCUUAACUGGUUUCCACUGGUUUCCCCCAAAGGUACAGUAUUAAUAUCAUGUUCUAGCUAUACAGUCAUUAACUUGCUCUAGUACUCUA